AACGGUGAAUGGCAUGCAUCAAAACCAAGCCCCAUAAUCUGAAUCCAAAUCGUAUCAACCACUAAAGAAGCGACAAAUUUGCAAAUUGCUGAAUCUGCUGAUUGUGAAUGCCAACUGCAACUUCCUGCUCCUCUUGCAGUCUCACAGGACUCCAAAUUUAUGCUUUCAGCUCGAGGGGUCGAAGGAUUUGUCUUUGAUUUCUUUCAGAAAUGUUCCAAUCGCCUGUGGAAGAAGGAUGGCGAUAUUGGGUUCGAUGGCAAGUGCCUGUUUGUGGUCUGAUAAUCGCUGUUCCCUGUGUUUUUGCUCUGAAAUUCAUCAGAAAGUCAAUGGCUAAUCCGCUGCUUCUCAGUGAUUUAUGGGCUACUUGUUGGAUUCACCUUAGUCCUAUAUGGCUUUUACUUUACAGGGCUUUUGCUUUUGUUUGCUGUGUUCAACUACUGUAUGAGAUUGUUGCCUUGCAUGGACCUUUUGUCUUCUUUUUCUACACUCAGUGGACAAUGGCUUUAGUAGCAAUCUAUUUUGCGCUGGGGACAAUUGUAUCUGCAUAUGGAUAUUGUUAUCCUUCCAGGAAAACUCAGUCCAAAAAUAAGGAGGAUGUUAAACUCAUCGACAAAGAUUUGAAAAAGAAUGGAGACAGUGUUAAAGAGGAUACCAUCAAGGUGCAAAGCAAAUAUGCUCAAGAGGAGUUUCAGGAGAAAGCAGGAUAUUUGGGAACUCUAAUGCAAAUGGCAUAUCUGGCAGCAGCAGGUGCUUCUGUAUUAACUGACGUAGUGUUUUGGUGUCUUCUCGUGCCAUUUUUACUUGGUGAAAGUUUCCAUGUCAGCCUGUUGAUUGGUUCCAUCCAUGCUCUGAAUGCUGUUUUUCUUCUUGGAGACACUGCUCUCAAUAGCCUUUCAUUUCCUUUCAGCGGUUUCGCAUACUUCGUGGCCUUCGGUGGUCUCUAUGUCGUUUUCCAGUGGACCGUCCAUGCAUGCUGUAUAAAUUGGUGGCCAUAUCCUUUCUUUGAGCUCAGUACACCUUGGGCUCCUCUCUGGUAUCUUGGUUUAGCAGUGAUUCACAUCCCCUGUUAUGGAAUAUAUGCACUUAUUGUGAAGGCAAAAUACUCACUUCUGCCAAGAUUGUUUCCUCGUGCUUUUGUCAAAUCAUUGUAGCCUCUCUCUUUAUAUAUUUAUAAUAAUUAAAAGUGCCUGGUCUUAUAUUUAUAAAGCACUGGAAAUGCAAUAUUUUCUAUUCUAAAACUAUAUUUUUAAUUAAUAUUAAUUAGAAGAGAGAAAAAACAUGUUAGCCA